AUGCGCGCCGCGGCGCUGCUGGCCGCGCUGGCCGUGCUCGCAGCCUGCCGAACCGCUGCUGCAUCCGAGCCCAACGGCACCGAGCCUGAGCGGCGCGGCAGCCCAAGGGAGCCUGAGCCAGCGCCGGGCUCCGACUACGAGGAGGAGGAGUACGAGGAGGCGCCGCUCGCGCACCAGUACCUGGUGGGGGACCUGGUCAGAGUGGAGCCUGUGGUUAAACCCAAGCCAGUGAAGAGGGGGAGCGAGAAGAAUGCUGGCAAACCAAGGAGGAGAAAGAAUAAAGGGAAGAACAAAAAGAAAGGGACUCCUUGUGAAAUGGAGUACAAAAACUUCUGCAUCCAUGGUGAAUGCGUGUACUUACAGCAUCUUCAGAUGGCAACCUGCAAGUGUUAUCAGGAUUAUUUUGGUGAGCGCUGUGGUGAACAGUUCAUGAAGACUCAAAGGAAGAAUGAUGUGGCAGACUACUCAAAGACUGUGUUGGUUGUGGUAGCUGUCCUGCUUUCCAGCAUCAGCUUUGUUGCUGUACUUAUCAUUGUGAUAGUGCAGGUCAGGAAAAAGUGUCCUCAGUAUGAAGAGAAAGAAGAAAGGAAAAAACUUCGACAAGAGAACAGAAAUGGCCAUGUUGGUGUGUAAAUGAGGAGAAAGCAGAACAACUCUGUGGCCUCUACCAAGCUGCAGGGGACCUCUGGCUACCUGACACAUCUACCUGGACACUGGGCUGGAGCUGUUGCCACUAAGCCCUGAUUCAUCAAGACAGGCUGCUGCAGGGAGAUGCCCAAUGUGCCAUUUGCUGCUGAAUCACUUGCUGGGGAGGACAGUUAACUGCUACAACUUGAUACAACAAUGUGGAAGGAGCUGCCACAAUAAAGGUAGAGGGCUGCUAUCAAGACCUGCUGGAGACUACUCCUGAGCUUUCUCUAUGGGUGCUGGACCUCCAGACUCUGCUUGUAUGUGGAUGGACUUUCUUCUGCUAGCAAGUCUCCUUUGGCAGCUCUAGCUCCGAGGGGCAGAAGCUGUGGCUCCCAGGAGAGCAAGAUGGAGGGGAGGAGAUACCUCUCCUCAAAGGUAGAAAAGGGAAGAGCUCAUCUCACUAGACCUCAGUGGACAAAACCAAAUUCUGCUGUUGCUGUGCUCCCUGUUGGUAUCUGCUUCAAAGAAUUUCAUCUCUUCAUCUCUAAUUCUGACUUGCAGGGUGUUGGUGACAGGUCUGUCAACCACACCUGGGUUCUGUUACUGUACAUGUGGAAGGUAUUCCCUCUGAACCCAAUAGGACUGUGUGAGUGGAGCUAUCAAUUUGUGUGUGUGUGAUGCAGAGUUAAGACUCAUCUCAAGAUGCUGAGACAACAGAUGUGAGAUCUGAAGCUCUGUCACUGAAGGAAUACAUGUGAUCAAACAAGCUGAUAAGUCUGGACAGUGAUGUUGCAGCAUCUAUCCAUUGGCUGAAACACAGUGCUUCUGUAAUCCAGAUGGUUGACCAAAAACCAGUAUUUUUUUUUUUGUUUUUUUUUGUUUUUUUUUUUUUUAAGAACUAAAUUCAAGCAUUGUUACUCAGCAUGCAGUGGUCUCCUAUGCUCUUCAUUAUGAUGUGAAGAACGUGACUUACCUCAAACCUUUCUGACCUAGCUAUCCUCAGUUUCUUGAUGUCCGUGAAAUUUUGUGCACGCUGUAGUAGUUGAGUUCAGUUUCUUCUUCGAAGAGCAAAUGUGUUCUGUAUAAACAGAGCAGAAUUCUUCUGGUAGCAGAGCAACACCAUUAAUUGUCAAGACAUAUCUGUAAAUGUGUAAAUAUUUAUUAUUGUAUUUAAUAUUUAAU